UAUGUCCAGUUUGGGACACAUGACUUCCCGUAGUUACGUCAUCGUAUGUAAAUCGUUGGAGUGGCAAGAUGGCUACCGAACCAAACAAGACUGAAAUACUUACUAUUUUCAAACGACUGAGAUCCAUUCCUACCAACAAGGUGUGUUUUGACUGUUCUGCGAAAAACCCUAGCUGGGCGAGCAUUCCAUAUGGCGUCUUCUUGUGCAUUGACUGUUCUGGAAUCCACCGUUCCCUUGGAGUGCACCUCAGCUUCAUCAGAUCCACUGAGUUAGACUCCAACUGGAACUGGUUUCAGCUUAGAUGUAUGCAGGUUGGAGGCAAUGCCAAUGCAACUGCCUUUUUCCGCCAGCAUGGCUGCUCCACAAACGACAACAAUGCCAAGUAUAACAGCCGUGCAGCGCAAAUGUACAGGGAGAAGAUUAGACAGCAAGCCAACACUGCACUGUCCAAGUACGGAACAGAUCUAUGGAUUGACUCUUCUGGGGGGCUAACAGCAGCGGCUCCUGAGAAAAACGAACAAGACUUCUUUGCAGAACACACACAGUCUUGUAAUGACUGGAGCAUGACAACAGCCUCAAAGCUGGAGCAGAAUGGCGCCACUGUUGCUGUGCAGCCGAGGGACACCAUGGCCAAAAGCCAAGAUGACAGCCAGCCAGAGGACGGGCCGAGUAUCGAUGGUUUGAGCACAUCACCCAGAGCCACAAUUGAUGUUAAGCCAACCAUUAUUGGGAAGAAGAAGCCAAUGGCUGCCAAAAAAGGGCUGGGGGCAAAGAAGGGCCUCGGCGCUCAGAAGGUGAGCAGCAAGAGUUUUUCGGAGGUGGAGAAACAAGCCCAAGUGGCUGAGAAGAUACGAGAAGAGCAGGCAGCCGAGGCAAAAAAACAAGCGGAGGAGUCCAUUGUGGCUUCCAUGCGUUUGGCCUACAAAGAGCUCGAGAUUGACCGAAAGCUUGAGGAAAAGAAGCUGAAGAACCUGGAAGGCAAGAAGAGGGAGCAGGCCGAGAGACUGGGCAUGGGCUUCGGAAACAGGAGUGCUGUGUCGCAUUCAGUUAUGUCUGAGAUGAAGGUGAUUGAGCAGGAAACCCCAGUGGGAGCCAAGACCUCGACUCGUUCUAAAUUGGACAUGUUUGAUGAGCCCGGUUUCACCUCUGGACCCCCUAAAUAUAAGGAUAACCCAUUCUUGGUGGGUGACAGUUUUGGAUCGCGCUGGGAUACAGAAGGAGGGGCCGCCUCCUUUAGCACCUCCUGGACUCUGGAGAAAGAAGAGCCCAAAGAGGAAGUGACCAUCUCCAGUAUUCAGCCAAUAGGAGAGAGACUUCCCAGUAGAAGAAAAGCUGAAGUUUCCGCCCCAGUGUCGGAGUCGAGCGAGGCCAGGCAGAAGUUUGCGAAUGCGAAGGCCAUCUCUUCGGACAUGUUCUUUGGCCGUGAAAGCAACGUUGAGUAUGAGGCAAAGAGCCGACUGGAGGGCAUGUCUGGAAGCACGGCCAUCAGUUCGGCUGACCUGUUUGGAGAUGGCAGUGACAAUAAAGGGCGCUCAUCAGGCUUUGACAACGUCCUUCCCACUGGUCCAGACAUCACCCAGUUCAAGCAAGGAGUGAAGACUGUCGCGGGCAAGAUGGCCGUCCUUGCCAACGGGGUCAUGAAUACCAUCCAGGAUCGCUAUGGUUCCUACUGAGCAGCUUGGAGACACUGGCCCCGAGAUGACCGGCCCCGUUUGACUGGUGCAUUUUGCUAGGGAUGGGAUGGAUACCUUUCAUAUUUAAACUGGUUUGGUUCCGAUUCUCGGUAUCUGGGAAUCGAUACCGGUAUUCAACUGUACCAAUUUUCGGUACCACGGUUCUGCUGUUUGUGGUAAUAAAUUUGUCAGUUUAUUCAACAGUAAUAUCAAAAUCUUUCAAUUUAACAAUGAUUUUUCAAAAUACAAUUUGACAAAUAGCAAAACACCGUGAAUUGAAAACAAAUGAGCUAACGAGGAUGGAGUAAAAAUAAAGGUUAACAAUUUUACAAUUACAAAGAGCUUAAAAAAACGCAAACAAUACAUUAAUAUUUCAAUAUCCAAAGUAGAGGGCACGGUUCUUUGCCAUGAACAAUGCAAGGAAGCGUGUUAAAUCAUUUGUAUUAGUGUUAUCAUUCCUUGUGCACUUGUUUUUCAAGAAUGCACGGCACGUGAUGAGUUGGAACCCAGCUUGCACCGAAAUAUAGCAAAAAAAAACUGUUGGAAGAGGACGCCAAUGAGGACAUGAGAGAGAAUGACUGGAAUCAAAUUUAUCCUUUGAAUGUACCCAAACCGGUACUUGAUGCUCGCUACAUUUUGGCCACAAGAUUUCACUACUUCUCACCCAUAUGACAUUUUAAAAUAUGUAGUCUUAUGAUGUAUUAAGUAUUAUUCAAAAACAGCGGAUCAAUAUUGUAACAAUGGUGAAGUCACGCACCUUCACAGCAUUAUUCGACUCCUUGAGAGAAGACGGGCCUCUCUGGCGCCAGGUGCAGCGGCCGGGCUCCCUGCAUGGAUGAAAGCCAGGACCCAGCCGGCCCGUCCCUCUCAGGUCCGUACCAAUUGCAGAGACCUGGGGACUUCGGCAACCACCGGCCAGCGCCAGUACAGAGAAACCCCGCCCCACUUCGCCCUGCGCUCAACCAAAGCAUGCUAGGAAGUGCGAGGCUUCACCAUUGCUACAAUAUACUCCGUAAAUUGUGUUUGUUUGGCAUGGCGGCAAGCAAACUUCGCUCGCUUCCAAACCUGAAAAUGUAUUUUUAAAUCCGAUGUGAGUGGGUGAGGUCAUUAGGCUGGUGGAUGUGCACCGUUAUGUUCAAGUGCGCCACGGAAAAUCGCCAACCCUCGUCAUCCCCCACAGCUUCGGAAGACAUACUUUAGAACCGACAAUUUUGAUUUCAUGAUAAUCGGUGCUCAGUAGUACUGACUCAAAUCGGUCCAUAAAAAAAAAACAUUAACAAAAAUAGUACUGUCUUUGGUACCCAUCCCAAGAUGAAACAGAGAGAAGGAAAGGCUUUGCAUGAAUAACGAUAAUCUUCCUUCUCACUCCCCACCUUUUUAGAGACUGUUGCUAGAGUGAGUCAGUUCAUUUGAGUUUUUAUUUUCAUAAAGCAAACCACGUGUGGUUGUAGUCUAUCAGAAGCAAGAGUUGUAUCUAAAGUUGGACAUUUUUUGUUUGGGUCUUAGAUUUUCAAAAUGUUGUCAGAGUUCUAUAUUUUCUUUGGUCUCUGAUAUAUGUUAAAUACUUCCAUGUUUUGUCCGGUUUUGUCAUUGUGAUACUAAAUAAAAAGGUGCAACGAUAUAUUUUUAGCAUCACUUUGAAGUCAAAAGUUUGCAUUCAGUGUUCAGGCCAAGUGUGUAUCAUUUUGCACAAAGCACUGACUGGUGACGAUCUUCGGGAGCUGUGAGCUCACUUGUACAUUUCUGUCUGAUCAUUAAAACUGAUAGCCUCGU